UGAAUACGUUCGCGCUUCAGUAUCGCGAAUUGCAAUCCGGCGUUGACUGCUAGAUGCCGGUCCUCCCCCGGGCGGCACGAUGUGGUGGCACAGAGCUUCGAAACUGUCCGGCUCCCACCAUGGGGCUUCUGAUACUGCGGCACGGGCCCCUGCAAUCACUUUGUUGUGAUCUUGCUGCAGAAGACACUCACGAUCUCGCCGGGAGUCAGAGCAACGUACCGAUGAAGGCAACCUGCAACGGGUGCUCCAACAUACACCAUACCCGAGCCCGUCAAGAUGCAUUUCGACGUCAAAGUGGGCACAUAUAUAUACAUCUCUCAAUACAGACACCCAGCCCGCAUCAAGCACACCCCCUUCUUUCGGAUCUCGCACUCCCAAUUUACCACUGAAUCAUUUUCCUGACGGCUCGGAAGUCCAUGUGGUCCUUCAUAUGCCUGUGCCUCUUGGCCACUAACGUGCUCGCUGUUGGACAUCGGUCAUCGAGGUUGUUCGUCAGAAAUGAUUGCCCGACGCAGACUGUGAAUGCCGGGGACGGUUGCAGCUCGCUUGCUCGAAAGUGCGGCAUAUCCGAUCAAGAUUUCUUGCGAUACAAUUCGAACUCGAACUUGUGCUCGUCUUUGCAGCCUGGUCAACUGGUGUGCUGCGGGCAAGGCACUACACCCGAUAACAGCCCGAAGGCCAACCUCGACGGCACAUGUCGAACUCAGACUGUAGCCUCCGGUGAUGGCUGCAGUUCAAUGGUAUCAAAAUGCAAGAUCACAGCGCAGCAAUUCACUCAAUAUAAUUCAGACGCGAAGCUCUGUUCUACUUUAGCUGCUGGACAGCGAGUGUGUUGUUCUCCGGGAACGCUGCCUGACAUCCGACCUAAGCCGAACCUUGACGGGUCAUGUUCCAGCUACGUUGUUCAGAAUGGCGAUACAUGCUCCGCAAUUGCCGCAGCUCACGGCUUGGUGUUGACAGACCUCGACAAGUUCAACGACAAGACUACUUGGGGUUGGUCGGGGUGUGACCAGCUCGGAGCGCAACAAGCUAUUUGUCUUAGUCAAGGCUCCCCUCCAAUGCCCCAACCUCUCAGCAAUGCUGUCUGUGGUCCACUUGUUCUUGGAUCGAAGCCUCCGUCCCCGGGAUCGAGCCUUGCAGACCUCAAUCCCUGCCCACUCAAUGCGUGCUGCACCCAUUGGGGUCAAUGCGGUAUCACGCCUGAAUUCUGUACCCCUGCGACUGGACCCCGUGGUAACCCGGGCACGGCUCCUAGUCAUCAAAACGCUUGCAUCAGCAACUGUGGCACUAGUAUCGCAAACAAUGCUGCGGGACCGAAAUCUGCGACUACAAUCGGAUAUUACGAAUCCUGGAACAGUGCAAGACCGUGUCUCAACAUGCGAGUUUCGUCGAUUGAUACCGACAGGUACACGCAUAUCCAUUGGGCCUUUGCAACUGUUGAUGAUAGCUUUGACGUUGCGAUCAACGAUAGCUCUAAUCAGUGGGCUGAUUUCACUAAGCUCCAGGGAAGUAGGAAAAUAAUCAGCUUUGGUGGUUGGGGAUUCUCCACAGAGCCGGAGACUUACGACAAAUUACGUCAAGCAAUGAGCCCUGCCCAUGUGAACGUUUUCGCGAGAAACAUUGUGAAUUUUAUUAGCAAGAACAAUCUCGAUGGUGUCGAUAUUGACUGGGAGUACCCUGGUGCCCCAGAUAUCCCAGGCAUUCCGCCAGGCCUGCCCUCCGAUGGUCCAAACUAUCUUGCGUUCUUGAGGACACUCAGAUAUAUCCUGCCCCGGGACAAAUCUAUUUCCAUCGCGGCUCCAGCAUCGUAUUGGUACUUGAAACAAUUCUUGAUCGCGGAGAUGUCUGAGACGCUAGACUACCUAGUCUACAUGACAUAUGAUUUACACGGACAGUGGGAUUACAACAACAAAUGGAGCCAAGAUGGCUGUCAGUCCGGCAGUUGUUUAAGAAGCCAUGUCAAUCUUACCGAGACCAACUUCGCAUUGGCCAUGAUCACGAAGGCUGGCGUGCCGUCGAGCAAGAUCGUCGUCGGUCUGUCGUCCUACGGCCGAUCUUUCCGGAUGAGCGAUCCAAACUGUGCAGGGGCCGAUUGCACAUUCCAAGGUCCUGAGUCUACUGCUAUCGCGGGCGAUUGUACCGGAACUCCUGGCUAUAUAUCGAAUGCUGAGCUUCUGUCACUUCAAGACGAUGAUAUAAUCAAGUCGUAUUAUGAUACUGAUUCCAAUUCCGACAUCAUGAUCUACUACCAGGAUCAAUGGGUUGCAUACAUGACAGAUACGACGAAAGCUAGUCGCACAGGAUAUUACAAAAGUCUGAACUUUGCUGGCACCGUCGAUUGGGCCAUCGAUCUCCAAGACUUUUACGUGUCGGAUGGAGAUGGCGAUGAUGAAGAGAAUCUACCACCAACCGAUCCUCUUCCAAGCUGCGACGGACACUUCAACACCAUUGAAGAUUUGGAUGCCGCUGCAGGAUCUCUGCCUCAGAAUUGCAAGGCUUUUUAUACCCUUCAGACGCUCCACAAUGUCCUGGACGACUCUAUCAAGAAAUACAAGGAUCUGAUGAAUGGCGGCUACGACGACAAAUUCAAGACCUAUGCUUCGUCCGUGGCGGACUCGGCUGGUAAAAGCAUUCAAAAUUUCAUGGAAAAACACGGCAACGAUUACUUCUCCUGCAUCGUUACAGAGCCUACCUUGUGUUGUGCAUCAUGCAAAGAUGAGGCCACAGGUUGGGGCGAUCCUUGCGCCCGUUGUUUUACUGGCGACAAAUGCAGGAGACAAAGCAACGGCGCCAGGCGCGAUAUGCAAGGCCGAUCAGCUCUGGAAAGUGAUUUCUCCAACGUCACGUCGAGCUUUGGUCCUAGCGACAUCACUGUUGUCAACAGUGUCUUGUCCCAGCGCGGCGAUGGUGGCCCGCCUAACUCAGUACCAAGUCUCAAGUACGUCAAAGUCGCUGAACCGUGCCCUCCCGACUAUUCGCAGCGCGGCAAAAGUCAAAGCACCACGUGGGACCAGAGUGUUUCAUGGACACUCCGAGGCGACCAGUCCGACAAGUUUUUCGCCGAUCUUCUGGGAGACACUGGAAUCCCGAAGAGCAAGAUCAAAUUUGGAACCAACAAUCGUGUCAACAGUUGUCAGCCUUGGUUGCGCGAGAAUGACGGAAAUCUUUGUUGGAACUAUGGCUAUGACUUCAACUACCCGCAACCUAACGGCUAUGGCGCUGGCGAUGUUUCGAAUCCGAAGGCCGUCGUACAAAAAGCUCUCGAAUCGUCGAAUAAUAUACAACAGCAACUCUCUAAUGCGCUCACAAAGGUCAAGUUACAAGCUUAUUACGCGGACGAGUGGGAGCUUGUCGAUGCCGUGAGUAUUCCCGUCUUGCUCAUUGCCCAUGCAAUCGAAGAGAUGAAUCAAGUUGAAGAAAUCGCCGACAAGAUUGAUGAACAAAAGAAGAAAGCACUUAUUCUGGCGUUUAUUGGUGCGAUUCUAUUCUUCAUCCCCAUCGCUGGAGAGGUUCUUGGCAGCGUGGUGGAGGUCGGCGACCUGGCGGCCAUUCUGACGCUUGUUAGCGCGGCGGGAGAUGUUGCAACGGGUGUGUACAGCAUUGUCGAUGAUCCCCAGAAUCCGCUGCUCGGUAUCAUGCAGAUUGUCCUGGCGCCAUUGGCUCUGGCAAAUGUUGGUCAGGUGGCCAAGGCAGCGAGCAUUCGUCGCGGAAUGAGCGAUGAUGAUAUUCUCAAACUUGGGGGGAAACUCGCAGCAAGUAUGAGCACGAUCAAGAAGGUCGCUGCGGCGUGUAAAAGGUAGCCAACGGCAGUGGAGAUUAGAUUGUUCCGAUACCGUUCAUCACCAUCAUCUAUUGCCUGUGUGCGACGAGCUCAACAUAACGCUGCCGUGCGAUUCGGUGCACAUUGUCGAGGAAAACGUAAUUCCAUGUGACCUUCGUCAAGUAGCUGUAACCAUGGUGUUCACAGGUUUGCGCUGGAACCAAGGUGUUCAAAGAUUUGCUUGAGCGGUAAAUUUACAUUCAAAGUAGCAGCGUGCACCUGUGUCGAAGUCUUGAUGCUA